AUGGGAAGAGCUGAGUUGAAUCUGGUUCUGUAUGUGUUUGGCAUAGUAACAAUUCCUUCUAGUGUAUACGGUGGAGCAUGUCCUGAAAUCCAGGCACCUUCUGGAGCUGCAAUGUCGUUCACUGGGCAGAUUUCAGAGGGAACCACUAUAACAGCGGUUUGCACCAAUGGUGGCAUGAUAAAUGGUGCACAAUGCCUGCCCAUGUUGGCGCCAUCAGGCGCAACGCUAACCUACGGCAAUGGCUCGAUGAACUCUGGAUUCGCUGGAUUGCAGAUUCAUGGCACAACAGUUACGAUGAAAUGUAACGACAACACACCGGUAACAGGCGCCUCUAACGCGGUCUGUCAGAAUGGCAUAUGGAUACCACCGGUGCUUGGUUCAUGCAUAAGUAGCGGUGUUUCUGGCAUUCUUCCAAGUAACAACAUGCUGACUCCUUUUGCUGGUGGUGAAAUAAUGUGCCAUUUCGGCUUGAUCGCCCCUCUGAAUGGAGAUAUUGAGUACAGUUCGGGCUUACCAGCUUCGGCAGGAGCGACUGCUACACUCACCUGUCGCGCCGGCUAUACUGUGAGAGGAAAUUCAGUGUCCACAUGCCAGAAUGGUAUCUUCGGUAUGCUCGGAACAUGUGAAAAAGCGAAAUGA